UCACUAACGUCUCUGUUUCUGUUCCAGCGACCAUCCCCAAAUGUGGCGGCUGCGAGAAGCCCAUUGUGGACCGGUUCAUUCUGAAGGUGCUGGACCGCUGCUGGCACAGCUCCUGCCUCAUCUGUGCCGACUGCGGCGCCAAGCUCGCCGACAAGUGCUUCGUCCGAUCGGGACAGGUGUUCUGCAAGGAAGAUUUCUUUCGACGGUACGGGGCCAAGUGUUCCGGGUGCGACGCCGGCAUCCCUCCCGACCAAGUGGUGAGACGCGCCCAGGACAACGUCUACCACCUCAGCUGCUUCGUCUGUGUGCUCUGCAACGGCCAGCUGAACACAGGAGACGAGUUUUACCUCACCGAGGACGGCAAGCUGGUCUGCAAGGACGACUACCAGCAGGCCAAGCAGCGCGGUGAUGCCGAGGGCGACUCAACUAACAAGCGGCCACGGACGACGAUUACGGCCAAACAGCUGGAGACGCUGAAAGUGGCCUACAACAACAGUAGCAAGCCGGCACGGCACGUUCGGGAACAGCUGAGCCAGGAGACCGGACUGGACAUGCGCGUCGUGCAGGUCUGGUUCCAGAACAGGCGAGCCAAGGAGAAGCGGCUGAAAAAGGACGCUGGCCGUUCCCGCUGGGGUCAGUACUUCCGAAACAUGAAGCCCGGAGAGAAGCGGCGGGGAGGCGGUAGCGGAGAGAAGACCUCCGAAUCCGACGACGACACCGUUUAUAACAACAACGACGAUGAACUGACGCUCGACUACCCUCACACGCCGAGCUCGUGUGACAUGGAGCCCGGACAGGUGGUCAGUCCUCACGUGCAACAUCCACAUCACUUCAUGCACGGCCCGGGCACCCCUCCGUAUGUGCCCGGCACGGGGUCACCGGGGGCAGGUCACCGGCUGGCCAUGCCCCCCGCAGUAUUCCCACCGUUCGGGGACGGCUCGGCUCUACAGUUCCCGCCGCAUCUCGGCCGGCCGGGUCCGCUGCCUCCUCACAUGGCCGGAGAGAUAAGCAGCGCCUCCAGCACGGCCGGCUACCCCGAGUUCCCACCCAGCCCCGAGUCGUGGCUGGGGGAGGUGGAGCCGGCGCCUCAGCCGCACCCCUACUGACGGCCCGCGCCCUACCGGCCGUGACAGUGACAGACCGUGACGGGCCGUGUGACAGACCGUGACGGGCCGUGAGGAGACAGCCGAUUCCUGGUCCUGAGAGACUAGUGAGCGUGACACUCUUACCUGGCUGCAUCUAUUACUUGAAACGUGGUUGUGCUGGACUGCUUUUAACUUGUGAGGUAUUUAGUAGCACCAUUUCUUAUUUCCCGUGAUAUUGAAAGCCAUUAGAUGUUCCUCAGUUAGUAUUUCUUUCUUCCCUGCCAAUGUUCUUUGUCUUAUCUUCUAAAACUUAAGCUUGUGUCGCAGCGAAGCCAGUCUCCAGGCUGUCAGCCACGUCUCAUCAGCAUCCAUCUUUAAAUUCUCUAACGAGAGCUACAUAGCCAUGGGAAACCAGUGCAAUCUUCGACAUUUGUCCAACUGAGAGACAAAGCCCUUGCCUCCGUACAAGGCUCGCAAACAAGGGAAACACUCAGUCGACGGGCGCGGCGCUACGGGCUGCUUCGCAGCAACACCUCCGCUUCAUAUCGGGCCCUGUGGCGCCCCCUGCACAGACCUCCUCCCUGCGCUUGGAGGCAUGACUGCUAGCGUCACCUAUAAACUUGUGCGCCACGUGAUAGCGGCGCCUAGCGGUGACCGGAGGAACUAUGGUGUCGGUCAGACUUGACACAGACAUUGCACAGUAGCGACAAGCGUUGCGUGGACAUUUCGUGUGUAAAUUAUUGUGUGUAUUGUAUUGAAGUCAGUGAAUGGAGCGCCA